AUAUAUAUAUAUAUAUAUAUAUAUAAUUUUUUUAUUUUUUAUUUAUUUUUUAAUUAUUAGUUUUGGCUUAGUCUUUCAAAGUGCAGAAAAGCAGAAGAUUAACCCUUCUAUGUCUGCUUAAUAACCCUUCACACAAGAGGAAACACAAUGUUCCAGAGAAGUUUUGCCAUUAUUGUCACUUUCCAAGCUCUUCUUGUCCUGCAGCGUGUGACACAAUCUUUGAACCACAGGGGGACUGGACCUAGGUUCUUAAUAAGUGACCGGGACAGAGAUCCACAGUGCAAUCCUCAUUGCUCCAGAACACAAUCCAAACCUGUCUGUGCUUCAGAUGGUCGAACAUACGAGUCUAUGUGUGAUUACCAAAGAGCCAAGUGCAAGGAUUCUGCCCUAAGUGUCGUCCAUCGAGGAAGAUGCAAAGAUGCUGGACAGAGCAAGUGUCGGCAAGAAAGAACACAGGCCUUGGAACAAGCAAAGAAGCCACAGGAAGCCGUUUUCAUCCCAGAGUGCAACGAGGAUGGCUCCUUUACUCAAGUGCAAUGUCAUACUUAUACGGGAUAUUGCUGGUGUGUUACUUCAGAUGGUAAACCUGUAAGUGGGUCUUCUGUGCAGAACAAAACACCAAUAUGUUCAGGUUCAGUAACAGAUAAGCCCUCAAGCCAGGGUAAUGCAGGCCGAAAAGUCUCUUUUCGUUUCUUUCUAACCCUAAAUUCAGAUGACGGAUCCAAACCCACACCGACCAUGGAGACGCGGCCUGUAUUCGAAGGAGAUGAUAUCACAGCACCAACACUAUGGAUCAAGCACCUUGUUAUUAAAGAUGCAAAGUUAAAUGGCUCCAGUAUGCGCCAAUCAGAGAAAGUCAACUCCUGCGAUCAGGAGCGGCAAAGUGCUCUGGAAGAGGCCCGAGACAAUCCAAGAGAAGGAAUUGUGAUUCCUGAAUGUGCACCAGGAGGUCUCUAUAAACCAGUACAGUGUCACCAGUCCACUGGUUAUUGCUGGUGUGUUUUAGUAGACACAGGUCGCCCAUUGCCUGGAACAUCAACACGAUAUGAAACUCCAGUAUGUGAAAGUGAUGCAAGGUGGAAAAAUACAGACACUGAGGAUCCAUUCAAAGACAGAGAGCUACCAGGUUGUCCUGAUGGGAAGAAGCUGGAAUUCAUCACAAGUUUACUGGAUGCCCUCACCACAGACAUGGUGCAAGCGAUCAACUCAGCAGCCCCGGCAGCAGGCGGCAGAUUCUCAGAACCUGAUCCCAACCACACACUGGAGGAACGUGUAGUUCUGUGGUAUUUCAGCCAACUAGACAGCAAUGGCAGCGAAGAUAUCAAUAAAAAGGAGAUGAAGCCCUUCAAGAGAUACGUCAAGAAGAAAGCCAAACCCAAGAAAUGCGCCAGGCGUUUUACGGACUACUGUGACCUAAACAAGGACAAAUCCAUCUCACUCGCAGAGCUAAAAGGAUGUCUAGGUGUACGCAAAGAUCCAGGUACCAGUGCUGGCAGUUUUCCUCCUGGAAGGAGACCAGGCUCUAAUCCUUUCCUAGGUCGUCUAGUGUAAACGUUCCUACAACAUGAAAAAUGAAGGAGAAGAGGAAAGAGCAUCGUUGUGUUCGGACCAAUCACACAGGACACGAUGGAGCUCUCAAUAUUUGCACUUUUAAGUGGACUUGCGUUAUACGUUACAUUUUCUAUCCUGUUCCUGAUGUGGAGAGAGCGAAAAACAUGUUUUUUUUUUUUCUUAUUAGAUUUUUUUUUUUUUUUGUUAAUUGAAGAAAAAGGAAAGAAUCUGCUACUGACAUGUUAGUGAUUGAAUUCAUUGUGACUCUGGAUGAGAGUUUUGUAUAUAAUUGUAUAUGUAUAUUGUACAGUCUCAUUUGUACAGGUCUUAACACUUUGGUCUUUCUAAGAUUCUAGUGGGCCCCCUGUCCCUCUUUCCUGGUCGUCGUCUUCUUGUGAUAAUAGCAUUCCUGUUUAUUUUCCUUAUAUUUUGUAAAUUAAAAUAUGAAUAAAAAGACGCAGCGAGAACGUGUACUCCAGCAGGUCGUCUCUUGCCUUUACUGGACACUGACCCCGGGAUGGGUAAUGGUAUCUUCCAUGUCUGUGCUGCGCACUUUACUCUAUUGGGGGAUUAUAAUUCCCUCUCAUAAGGUUUUAUUCUGAAUCACACCCUACUAGAGAUGGGCGAAUUUGCAGUAAGAUACGCCUAACCCAAAU